GCUAAUUGAAUCAUGCAACCCUGUUUUGGGGAUUCUCAUUGGCAUUAUGUUGUCUCAAGACUCCAUAGCGUUAUCCACGCUUACGAGUAGUUUGGAAGCCUAUUGUUGGGCUCUUGUGUACAUUUUAUCCACAAUACUGUUUUUUGGAAUAUUGUGGAGAAUAACUGGAUCGUUCUUCCUUUCGAAAUUGGGUAUUGCAAGAGAGGUAAAGGGACAACAGUUGCCGCCAACUUAUAAAGAAGGUCUUCCUCUGGUUGGAAAUCUUAUUGCUUUUGCAAAAGGACCUUUGAAUGUAGUUCAAAGAGGUUACCAGUCUUGUGGAGAUAUAUUUACUUUCAAGGUGUUCCACAAACAUAUAACUUUUCUAGUCGGCCCAAAAGCCCACGAAAUCUUCUUUCAAGGUACAGAUGAUGAACUGGACCAGAAUGAAGUUUAUGCAUUUUCAGUACCCAUUUUUGGAAAAGGAGUUGUCUACGAUGCUCCUCUUGAGAAGCGCUUGCAGCAGUUGCGAAUCAUGUCUGCUGCCCUUAGACCUGCUCGCAUGUAUGGCUACGUUGACCAAAUGGUGCUCGAAGCUGUACAGUUUUUCCGAAAGUGGGGAGACCAAGGGCAGGUUGAUAUUUUGGAGAGUUUGAGUGAUCUCAUUAUCCUCACGGCAAGUCGCUGUCUAAUGGGGCGAGAAGUUCGGGAGCAGCUGUUUGAAAAAGUAUCUAAGCUUUACCACGAUUUAGAUCAAGGAAUGCAGCCUAUUAGUGUAUUUGCACCAUAUUUGCCGAUUUCUGCACAUCGGAAGCGCGACAAGGCUCGGGAAGAAAUGGUACAGCUUUUCCGUACGGUUAUCCAGAAUCGGAGAAGGCGAAAUGUUAAAGAAGAUGAUAUGCUGCAGACUUUUAUGGACGCGAGUUACCGAGAUGGCUCUCGUCCUUCAGAAUACGAAGUGGCAGGAUUGUUGAUAGCACUACUCUUUGCAGGUCAACACACUUCGUCUAUUACUGGAAGCUGGACGGGUAUGCUAUUGUUAAGAAACAAGGACGUUUUUGAACGUGUUAAAAAAGAACAAGAUACCAUUAUAGAAGAACAUGGAGAUGAGCUGAAUUACGAUGUGCUCAGCAAAAUGAACCUUUUGCAUUUGUGUAUCAAGGAAACGCUAAGAAUGUAUCCACCAUUAAUUUUGUUGAUGAGAAAAGUUUUGAAGCCAAAGUUUUAUAAGGAAUAUGUGAUUCCCGAGAACGAUAUUGUAAUGGUUUCACCUGCAGCCUCUGGUCGUCUUGAAAAUGUCUUUAAGAAUCCAAACGCAUGGGAUCCCGAUCGCUUUGGUCCAAAUAGAGAAGAAGACAAGAAGGCUCCCUUUUCAUUUAUUGGUUUUGGCGGGGGUCGCCAUGGUUGUAUGGGUGAGCAGUUUGCCUAUCUCCAAAUCAAGACUAUAUGGACUGUCCUUGUUCGUUCGUUUGAUUUGGAACCUAUAGGAGAUUUGUCUCAACCGGAUUAUAAUGCAAUGGUUGUUGGUCCAAGGCCUCCUUGCCUGUUGAAGUAUAGAAAGAAAAAGGACUCUUUCUUAGACCGAGUUUCUUUGUAUGCUUAAGAAGAUGGAGAACGCUCGUUCUAUAAAUAUCAGUAUUUUCAG